CGAGGUUUGGGGGAGCGCUUCAGUUCAGGGCGAUACAAACCUCUUCAGAGAUGAAUUCCUUUCUGUUACUGUCCAUUUUUGCCACGGUGAUUGCUGGAAAAUCGCCGAGGCUGAAAUUUGUCGUGCAUGAACGUUCCAGGUUUCACUUCCGAACCCCGGAGAACUACCUCAGCAUGUUCCACCAGGACGGCAGUGACACCCUCUACGUGGGCGGGCGGGCAAAGAUCUACGUGCUGAACUUCACAGACAGAGGCGUCCGUGACCUGCAGAUCCCAGCGGCAUCCGAUCAGACUGCAAUUGAUACCUGCAAGGCAAAGGCCGCUCCACUUGAGCUGGAGUGUGAUAAUUUCAUCACCGUUCUACAGAAAGUAAACGACACGUUCAUCGUAUGUGGGACAAACGCUGGAAGCCCCAGAUGCUGGAUGCUGGUUAAUGACACGGUGCUGACGGAUGUCCAAGGCAAUGGGCAGAUAGGAUCGGCCUCUGACAUCUCACCAGCCUACCCUUCACAGAAGUCCAUCAGCUUGCCUACAGAUGGGAGUCUGUAUUCUGCAAUGUCGUCUGUGGGAGGUCACGCCGGCUCGAUACGUCGUACGUUUGGCCCCCAGAAACUCCUGAAGUCAGAGAACGUCUGGCUGCUGAAUCCUCAGUUUGCCGGCGCAGCUGUGAUCCCGUCCGCUGAGAAGUACAAGGAGGAGGUCUACGUCUUUUUCAGCGAGUUUAACAAGACAGCCAAGGUGGACGAGGAGCCGUUCAGGGCGCGCAUAGGCCGCGUCUGCACGGGGGAUGAAGGGGGCAUCAGAUCCCUGCUGCCAGAAUCCUGGACCACCUUCUUGAAGGCUCGGGUGAUGUGCGGUGCAGGAAACACUCAGCAGCAGUACAACAACAUGAAGCAGGCAGUCGUGCUGACGGCUCAGGACAAGAGGGCCGGCGUCUUGUACGGCCUGUUCUCAAAUGCAUGGGGCAGAACAGUAAUCUGUGCGUACUCCAUUGAAGAUAUUGAUCAAGCAUUCUCCAACUCUAAACUGAAGGGCUACAGCAGUCCACUCACUGGGAAUCGACCUGGCAUGUGUGUCAGCAAAAGCCAUUCGAUACCAGAAAACCAAUACAUCAAAAACCUCGGGGUGAUCAGGUACAAUCCAGAAAUUGAGGACGUAAUUCGGCCUGUUGGCGUGGCUCCACUCGAUCUCCCAACAGACGACCAGAUCACCCACACAGUGGCCGAUAUCGUCCUGGCAGUCAACGAAGAGCACUACAGCGUCCUCUACCUUGGAACAGAGCAAGGAAAAGUUCUAAAGGCACUUCACACCAGUGACGAGGUCUUCAUCAUAUCUCAGUACUCUCUGUUUCACAACGAAGGCCCCGUUCUCAACAUGGCCAUCGACUCCCAAAAGGGACACCUGUACGUUGGUACAGCCAUGGAGGUCCAGCGGUUGCAGCUGGCUGACUGCGGUCGCUAUGGCGACACGUGCAGGGAGUGUAUCCUUUCUCGGGAUCCGUACUGCGGAUGGGACAAGGCCAGGAGGAAGUGCAUCGUCACCCCGCCUGGAUACAAUGCCACGACCGGGACAAUCAUUCAGAAUCUGGACCAAUCAAACUCCUCCAUUUGCGGGGAAGCUGCUGCCCUGAAGCAACGUCGAACAUCUCCCAAAGAGGUGUUGGUGCAGUCCAACACCACCGUGUUCCUCCCCUGCCCCGUGCACUCCUUCCACGCCACCUACCGCUGGGAGAAGGACAACUGCAACAAGAACUACCCGUGCCUGUUCUCCGGAGACUUCUGCGUGCUGGGCCCGGUGGUCAGCACGCCCCUGAGGGAAGGCGUCUUCCGCUGCAUGGCCACCGAAGACGGAUUCAAGGUGGAGGUUAUCUCCUUCAGGCUGGUGAACGACGGCCGGCUCCUGUCCGCCUCCCUCGGCUCCACCGUCGGCCCGUCCCUGCUGCUCGCUGUGGCCACGCUAUGGCUCCAUUAACCACAGCUAUCUAUCACUAUUGGUAACUCCUCAUUCUCAACGGCUCCCGCUGACAGGAAACGCAGGGAGCUACGGUGUGGGGGUUUGGUUCGCAUUGCAUUAACGUCCAUGGUUGGGUUGUAGAGCGGCAAAUCAAAUAGUCGUUUCUAUUUUGGUUCUUUGAGAAAGAAAAGCUAAAUGAGUGAAAAGAGGACUAAAAUAUGAAUAUAUAUAUUUUCUAAGCUGAAACAUAUCUGCAGCCGCAGCUGUCUUAAUGCGAUCAAAACGUUAAAAAUCCAUACAUUAAUGACUAGAAGUUAUUGUCCAUGAACAUCUUGUAAGUUCAAAAGUUAAUUCAACCAUAAUUAAGUGCUUUGCGAACCUUUCCUCUCUGACGAAAAAAGAUAAACAUAUCCAAUGAGUUGGGCUCCAAAAAAACAAAAAAAAAACAUCAAUACCAGGCCAAUUCUUUUUAAUAUUUCUCUACUUAUUUUUAAAUUGACUAGAUUGUGCUUAUUUGUGGAUAUGUAAACCUUUAAUAAUGCUCUUCAUUCAUUGAUCUUGUUAAACUUCAUUGCUAUAGCUCAUUAGUGCUUAGAAAAAAAGAAAAAAACAGAGUCUGGUAUUGAGAUUUUAAAAGCCUUAACACUUCUGGGACAUAAACUCCUAAGCACAAUUUUGCAGCUGAGGCAGAAUACUGCAGACUUGGUUGGACUCGGCAUUGCAAUUAGUGCAGCCGAGUCUGACGACAUGGCUGGGAGGAAAUAUCAGCUAUUUGACAGGAAGUAGGUGGACGGGCAGGAGCUCGUCCUCGAACAUCACUGUGUCUCAGCACCUCCUCCUCAGGCGAGGCAGUUUCUUGCAUCUUUUUAGCAAAUGGUGUCAGAUAUCUUUAUUGCACCUUGUUGACAGCUUUGUAGUUUCCCCUUUUUACAUCCCAUCAUCUUUCCUCUUUCAUGAGGAGACCAAAACACACGCUCUGAUGAGACGUGAGCUAGGGCUGGGCGAUAUGGACCAAAAGUCAUAUCUCGAUAUUUUCUAGCUGAAUGGCGAUACUCGAUAUAUAUCGAUAUUUUUUCUGUGCCAUGAUUGGGGUUUCCCCCAAAGCAUUAUAGCAUAGCAUCUCUGUUAGCUUCAUUUUUUUCUGAGGCAAACCCUUAAAAAAACAGUCAGUUUUAAUACAAAGCCUCGUGCCAAAUGUCACACAGGUACCUUUAUUAACAGAGGUCUGCACAAUAUCAAAAUGUAUAAAACAAAUGAAAUAAAAAUAAACUGCCUGCAUAUAUAGAAUAAAAAUGCUUCUUGAAUAAAAUAAAACAAAUAUCCCUUUCCUGCAUAACAAUUACAUUCAAAUACACUGUGCAAUUAAUACAAUGUAGACAGUAACAGGCAGACUUUUCCACUGAGGUUGACAGUUGUGCAAAUAACAAAACAUUUGUGCAAAUCUCAAAUAAAAAAUUCAAAUCAAUUUGUCACAAAAUAAGCUAUAUCAAAAUCAUAAUUUUUUUUUUUUUUUUUUUAAAUCGAUAUAAACGAUAUUGUCUCGUACCAUAUUGCGUUUGAAAAUAUAUCGAUAUAUAUUAAAAUCUCGAUAUAUCGCCCAGCCCUAACGUGAGCAUCACCCAAAAGGCUGCUUAAGGUCUGCAGCGAGGGGGAAAAACCCACGCUCAGAAUCUUUUAGUCUGUUUUUGAGUGUGAUCCCGUUAGAAGAGUUGGUGGAAAUGGACGCCUCUCAAAAACCGCCAUGUGUUGAGAAUGAGGACAGAUUUCUCAAGGGCAGAGAAGAAGCUCCAAAAUCGAUUUCUUUCAGCCUGAUAACAGCUAAAGUUGUGAACAAGGUGCUCCGCUAUAGCCAUUUCAGUAAAAACAUACUCACAGUCUCAUCGGGUCAGGAGACGCUAAGUGGAACUGCGUAGUGGAGUUGCAUUUUAACAUUUUCCAGGAGAAAAAAAAAGGCUUGUACUUAGAUCAGUGAAGUAUGUUCUGUAUGUUUUUUGCUCUGCAGAUGCUGAUUUCUACCAUUGCUGCCUAUGUAUGUGACAGUUUGUCUUGAUGGGUUGUUAUUUUAUGCCAUAGUUAGAAUGUACUGUGUAACCAUUGCCUGCUUUACCUCCUUCCUCGGACAUUUCGGUGUGAACAGACGAUUGUUAUAUAUUUUUUUAAUCUUUCUGCUUUAACAAAAAGGUUUGACUGAUUCCAAUAGAAUGCAUUUAAUAUUAUUAUUAUUAUUAUGUUCCCUGAGUCCAGACCGUUGAUGCUGUCGGUUUAAGCCAGGGGUGUCAAACUCAUUUUGCUUGGAGGGCCGGAUUUGACCAAUUUCUUUCUCGCGGGCCGCACGCUCAAAAUAACAAAAACGGUGCGAAAUUUUUUUUUUCUAAUUCUUUUUUUUACUAUUGGUAUCUAAUCCAAUAUCAGUUUAGUUAAUUUUAAAGGAA